AUGCCUAAACCACACGCCCCUCCCCCGCUAUCCCACGCCCUGGACGGCCGCGAACAAGACCUACUCCACUACAUCUACUCCCUCCCCACCCUCCCCAACCUCAAGGACAACCCCAAGGAAAUCCUCAAAGCAAUAGACACCUACAGCGCAACGCAACAACCACUCAUGAACAUCGGGAUCCCAAAAGGCAACUACAUCCGCGACCUCAUCAUCGCGCACAAACCGCACACGAUAAUCGAACUAGGCGGGUACGUAGGCUACUCGGCGAUGCUCUUCGGCGACACGCUGCGCCGCAUCCACCCAGACGGACGCUACCUCAGCCUAGAACAGAACCCCGAGAUGGCGGCCGUGGCGAACCAGCUGCUCGAACUCGCGGGCCUGCGCGACGUGGUCCGCGUCAUCGUCGGCUCGGCGGCCACAUCGCUGAGGGAGUUGGUGGAUCGUGGUGAGCUCCGCGCGGUCGAGUUCUUGUUUCUGGAUCAUUGGCAGGAGCUGUAUCGGCCGGAUUUGUGGUUGCUUGAGGAUCUUGGGGUCCUGGUGCCUGGGACUUCGGUGGUGGUUGCGGACAAUGUUGUGUAUCCUGGGGCGCCGGAGUAUUUGGAGUGGGUGCGCGCGAGUUGUGAGGAGAAGAGGGUGUGGGUGCGACAGAAGGAGAGGGAGUUGGCAGGGUUGAGGCCGAGGCCUGGGUUGGUUUAUCGGACUGCUGUCCGCGAGUUUGAGACGGCUUUUGGGAGGGAUGGUGUCGCGGUUACGAUAGUCGAUGGCGAGGAGGAUUGA